AUGUUGGCCCAACCAUUCGACCAUUCGUUCAAUGACUUAUUUAAUCAGUACGUCAAUAUGGAGUCUUCCAACGUUGAUGCCAACAAAGACGUUUCAUUCUCGGGCGACUUCGACCAAAUCUUCCCUCUUGACUCGUUAUCGAGUGAAUGUGGCGAUCUUUCGCCCACCGUCUCCACCGCCAAGCACCCUCCUCAAUCGUCACCUCAGCCCUGGGGUAAAGACCUCUGGGCCCUGCAGGAGGACGCAAGCUCGUCUGCAGAGCAACAGGACUUUUCUUUUCAUGACACUGUCCACCCCUCCGCCAUCACAGAUCCCAGUCCCGCUUUAGAAACACCAGCAUCCCACCCUGCACAAGUUGCACCAGUUCAAAGACCUUCCAAAUCGCCAUCCACACCUCCGGCCACUCCCAGCCGUAAAGCUACCAGAAACCCUUUGGUCACCCCAAAAUCCAUCCGUCGUCGGGAUCCAAAUGAGCGUCGUGGCCUGCUGCGUAAGCAGAGCUAUUCCCCUAGUUUGAUGCGCUCUUCUCAACUCCAGAAAAGCAGAAUGGCGUACCCAGAAGCCUGGGCCCAACGAUUCCAGGACUUUGGUCUUCGUGGCUCAGAUGACCACCUACCAUUGUCUCCUCCACCUUCUGAUUUUGUUCAGCGUCAGAACUUCCAGCCGGAUAACUACCCUCAGCAGCAGCAGAACCGCUCUGAUGGGCUCCCGCCAGCAGAUUCAACCGAGAUGCCUCAUCAGUAUGACACCACCAUUUUCAACCAAUCUCCAGCGAUUUCGAUGCCAUCGCCCUCAGCUGGAGCGCUGGCAAGACAGCAGCAACGGUAUUUAAGUAACUCCGCAUUGACCACUUCAAGUCCACCGUCAGACGACAUCUUUUCUCCGCAUUCCUCAGCCCCUCAGUCCAUGUCCUCGUGGCAUUCUGAUUCUUUCAGCACUCCUGCACUCUUCACCCCCGACCUUAACAGCCAAGACGCCCAGGCAUGGUGGUCUCCGAUGGCUUCUCGCGUCGCACAGCGACCUUCAUAUCAACCAAUGGUCGCAUCCCCCGCUCCCCAGCGACCAAUCCAGAACACAAAUCAGCAAAAUGACAUGAUGCAAGGGGGACUUAUGAUUCAGUUCGAUCCUUCAUUUGACAUGUCUGCUACAUCCACCGAAUCAUCAUUCCCAUCAACGACCAUGCCCUCCGCACCUACCAAUCAAGAGAGUCACUCUUACCAAGUCCCUCCCACUGCUCCGAAAUUCAUUGAAUCCUCCUUCACUACCGCCCCUCAGGUCCAAAACCCUCAGCGAUCACCAUCUCUGUCGCCGAGGACUGGCGUAUCACCAAAAAAUGGAUCAACCACGCGAAACAACAUCAACAUGAAGGCGCAGCAGCGCCGCACUCACAACCCAAAGCUAUCAUCUCACACAAUGAGUGCUCCUAAGCCGGUCAAAGCAACCGGUGGGUCCUCGGGUAGUCCCCGGGGUUCCAACAAGUCGUCGGUUACUGUGUCUUUCGUCAACUUCACUGCGAAUGACUCCAGAAAGAUUUUGGGCGGAGUUGCUCCCAGCGGCAGCUCCAAGACAAAAGCAAGACGAGAGCAGGAAGCCCGAGAUCGACGUCGCAAGCUCAGUGAAGCCGCUUUGGACGCGGUGAGAAGAUCUGGCGGUGAUGUCGAAGCUCUCGAGGCUGUCUUAUGCUAA